GAAAAAAGAAAAAAAAAAACGUUUCAAAGUUCAUCACUGUCUUUGUUUAAUCUGCGAAUUGCACUUCUCGGCCUGCGCCAAACAAAAAAUCAGUGGUUAUGGCGGCAGCUUCACCGCCACCGUCGACUUCCAAAUCGUCAAACAAGAGGGGAAAGAGAAGGCGAGCACAACAAGACCCGGUGCUCGAAGGAAUCGAUUCACUCCCCUGGAAAUCCUCGCUUCCCGAAGCCGAAGAAGGUGACCCGUUCUCUGUCUUCGCCGGCGUUAAUGAUUUCGAAGGAGGUUUUCUUUCGCUCGAAGAGGUCGACGAGCUUGAUUAUGGGUUGUCGAUUCCUCAACCUGAAAAGAAAUCAAAAUCCAAGAAGCAGAAGCGUGAUCCUGCCGCUGAUGGUGCUGGUGGGAGUGUAGAGGAUAAGAAAGCUGUGGAGAAGAAAAAGAAGAAGACGAAAAAAGGGAAGCAGAAGAAUGGAAAAUUGACGGAUACAAAUGAACCAGAGAGAAAUGAGGCGGAAACUGUUAGCGAUGGUGAUGCUGUGGUUAGCAAUGAUAAUGGUGAUGAUGUGGAUAGUGAUAAUAAUGGUGACACCAAAGAAGACUCGGUUGAUGAGACCGAGUUUUAUGCAUGGAAUGAAUUAAGGCUUCAUCCCAUGCUUAUGAAAUCAAUCCAUAGGCUUGGUUUUAAGGAGCCAACACGGAUCCAGAAAGCUUGUAUUCCUGCAGCGGCUCAUCAAGGAAAGGAUGUUAUUGGUGCUGCAGAGACCGGGUCUGGGAAAACUCUUGCCUUUGGUUUGCCGAUUUUGCAACGUCUACUAGAAGAACGAGAUAAGGCUGAGAAACUGCUUGAUGAUAAGGGUGAUGAUGCUAACAAGUAUGCCCCAACAGGUGUUCUGCGUGCUCUAAUCAUCACCCCAACGAGGGAACUUGCUGUUCAGGUUACUGAUCACAUUAAGGAAGCAGCUAAAGGGAUCAAUGUUAGAGUGGUUGCAAUUGUUGGUGGAAUGUCAACGGAGAAACAGGAGAGACUGCUAAGAGGAAGACCUGAGAUCAUUGUUGGAACUCCUGGGCGAUUAUGGGAACUUAUGUCAGGGGGAGAGGAGCAUCUUAUUGAAUUGCAUUCCUUGUCGUUCUUUGUGCUGGAUGAGGCCGAUAGAAUGAUUGAAAAUGGACAUUUCCGAGAGGUGCAGUCAAUUAUUGAUAUGCUUCCCAUGUCCAGCACCUCGACUAUUGAUCAGUCUCAAGAAAGCCAAAGUUGUGUAACAGAGGCUAGCUUGCAGAGAAAGAAAAGACAAACCUUUGUUUUUUCUGCCACUUUAGCAUUAUCGGCAGAUUUUCGUAAGAAACUAAAGCGCGGGUCAGUGAAAUCAAAACAAGCAGUGUCUGCUGACCUUAAUUCUAUUGAAACCCUUUCUGAGCGUUCUGGAAUGAGAGCUAAUGUUGCCAUUGUCGAUUUGACAAAUGCAUCUGUCUUGGCUAGCAACCUUUCUGAAUCCUUCGUUGAGUGUGCCGAAGAAGAUAAAGAUGCUUACCUGUAUUAUUUAUUGAGUGUUCAUGGGCAAGGCCGCACUAUUGUUUUUUGUACUUCAAUUGCAGCGUUGCGCCACAUCGCUUCCCUCUUGCGCAUCCUUGGAAUCAAUGUUUGGACACUUCAUGCUCAGAUGCAACAACGAGCUCGUUUGAAGGCAAUUGAUCGUUUCCGUUCCACUGAACAUGGCAUACUUAUUGCCACAGAUGUUGCAGCAAGAGGGCUUGAUAUCCCUGGUGUUCGAACUGUUAUACAUUACCAGCUUCCUCAUUCUGCUGAAGUUUACGUUCACAGAAGUGGAAGGACAGCUAGGGCUUUUGCUGACGGCUGCAGCAUUGCUUUAAUCUCGUCGAAGGAUACCUCAAAAUUUGCAUCACUCUGCAAGUCAUUUUCGAAGGAAAGCUUUCAGAGAUUUCCUUUAGACGAGUCCUACAUGCCAGAGGUGAUGAAGCGAUUGUCUCUAGCACGUCAAAUUGACAAGAUAUCACGGAAGGAAUCUCAGGAGAAGGCAACGAAAUCCUGGUUUGAGAGGAAUGCAGAAUCAGUUGAGCUACUUAUCGACGAGGAUGACAGUGAGGAGGAAAGAGUGAACCAUCUUAGAGAAAAGAAAGCUAGUUCGGCGCAACUGAAAACCCUGCAGCAGGAGCUCAAUACGAUAAUUUCCCGCCCAUUGCAACCUAAAUCAUUCUCCCAUCGCUAUUUGGCUGGGGCUGGAAUUUCACCCCUCCUUCAGCAGCAAAUUGAAGAACUAACAAGGCAAAAGACGAAGAACGGAAUGGGCAUGGGAGACAACAAACGGAGGAAAAUGGUUGUCAUCGGUCAGGACUGCGUGGAGCCACUUCAGGCACUCCGCAGUGGUGGUCAUGAGGUGCGCAUGGACACGAAGGAUGUGGCCGAGAAACGGAAGAACAUGGAGAAUUUGAGGAGAAAGAGAAAGGAAGAAAAGAAGCGUAAGCGAGAUGAGCAGAGAAACCAAAAGAAGCAGUCAAGAGGGCGGGCGGAUUAAUGACUAGAUGUGAAACAGUGAGUGAGUGCUAUAUCUUUGAAGGUACAAAUUCCUGGAAGCAGGUUAAUGGCAAAGUAGACCAUUUUUUUUGACAUUUCAUGGUCAACUGCUUCAGGGUAACGCCGUAACGGUUUACAUAUCUUGUACCAUAAGUUACGUAGCUCUUACGUCAUGUUCUUAGGCCUUGGCUGUAGCAUACUCAGAAUACCCUUUGCGAUGAUACAAUCUAUAGCAUUUUGAUGGCCUGCCUGGCUUUGUUCUCGAGAAAGGGCAGGAUAUUGACCAAAUCCUGCAUAAUGUGAGAUUUUGACAAGAUUACACCUUUGAGAAGUGCAUGAUAUUGAGCGUGAAGAUUGUUUAAAUCCUUCAAAUGCAGGUUUUUGAAUUAGGCAGGUUGGCUUUGCUGCUACUGUUGUUUCACUUUCAUACCCAGUAGCUUGCUUGGGUGUAUUUUUUUUUCUUGUAAAAGUUUUCUCGGGUAAAAUUUCUCGAGUAUCACUUAACUUUGAGAAAUGGGGGAGUUAUACCACUUAAUUUAGAAUAGUGCGUCGGGUACCACUUAAAUCAACAAAUGGUGCAUCCGUCCAAAAUUCCAUCCAAACAACUAACGGAAGGAAUAACAAAAUUAUAUUUACACCACAUAAUCUUUCCACGUAGUUUAGGAACCUCUUCUUUAAUAAACCUAGCCUUGUACUAUUUAAUCCUAACCUAUGAAACAAAAAGGCAAAAACCCACCUAGACCAAACCCCCCAAUCCCGUCUCUCUCCUCUGCUCUACCAAAUACCCCUUCUCCAACAAGAACAACAAUGGCGUUCGUGAAUGGCAGAUCAGCUUCAAGAAUCCAGCAACUAUAACAACAAAAGUCUCUCAUUGAGAUGCUCUGAAUAAGUCUAAACAGAAAUCGAUAAGCAUCAACGAUAUGUAUUCAAUAUUUAAAGUUGUUGUCCAUGGAAGCUCCCCAGUUAUUGUAUUUUCCUCGAUCGUCACGAGAUCUGCGAGCUCUCUCUUUCCCUCGGGCUGGCACUCGAUUUUUGCUCCCCAUAAUCAGCGUCUAAAAUUGGCGUUGCUUAUAGAUUAAAGCCUUUGUCUUGAUUUAUAGGGUUCCAAACUGUGGGUUUUUAUCAUCCUCUUUCUGAGAUUCCUAAUCUGAGGCCAAAAUGCAAUGACAAGCUCGAAUGGGCGACGAGUUUGAUGAGUCAUCGUCCCAUUUCCUGCGACAUUGAUGCCUCUACAACUGGAUAUGAUACAAUUUUGUGGGGAGAAGCGAAUUCGCCUGACUGAAUGGUUGACGUAGAUUUUGGCGGACAAAGGGCGGAUGGAAAUUUGCUGCCAACGCGAUCUCUGCAGUGGCUUCAAGCUCUCGAGAUGCAGGUCAUGGACGCCAUUGUUGUUCUUCUCUUACAAGGGGAAUUGGCAGAGUAGAGGGCGAAGGAGUGAGAUGGGGAUUGGGGGUUUGGGUAUUUGGUUCAUGCCAAGAAUAAAACAUUCCCACUUUUUGUUUAAACUAAGAUUUUCGUUGUUGUAAUUGUUGGGCUUGAAGCUCUACCUAGAUCAAUUGAGUAGUUAUUUAUUUGCAGUUCCUGGAGUCUGGACGUCAUUGUAGUGUUUGAGAGUGUUUUUCAAAGUAGAGAGAGACAGAGUGAUGGGAGAGAAUGGAGGUUUGGAUAGGUUAAUCGAUUCAGCAACUCCAAUCCGAUGUGGCAAGGCUGAUGUGGGCAAAACUUAUUUUUUUAUUUCCACCGUUAGUUGCUUGGAUGGAAUUUUGGACGGAUGCACCAUUUGUUGAUUUAAGUGGUACCCGACGCCCUAUUCUAAGUUAAGUGGUAUAGCUCCCCUAUUUCUCAAAGUUAAGUGGUAUCCAAGGUAUUUUACCCACGUUUUUCUCCUUAUUAAUUAAUGCUAUGUCAUCAU